GUAUCCGUACUUCUGCGCAUGCGCAUGCGCAUGUCCUUGUUGGCAGGGUGAGCAGUUAGAAUUUUAGUAGCUGUAGCUCGCUGUAUAAUUGCGUAAUUAGGGUUUUAUGUUGACGAAGUGUUAAUAUAAAGUGUAAGCCAGGGUGUAACUGUUCACUCAUGGCUCUCAGAAGGUGUUGGAGGUUUGCAGCAGUUGUUCCGAAGCUGUUAUGGAACAGUACCGUCCUGCCUGGAGGACGAAGCUCUGUGUCCAGCCUUGUCAACACCCACCACGAUUGCAAACACACAGAGUUGCUGCUCCGCGGGUUCAGUUCAGCGCCACCGAGCACAGAUGUGAGUUAUGAGCAGCUGAAGCAGCUCCUGUCUGGCAGGAAGGCUGUGGUAAUAGAUGUGAGGGAGCCAUGGGAGCUCAGGGAGUAUGGCUCCAUCCCCGGGUCAAUUAACGUCCCCCUGGCACAGGUGGGGAAUGCCCUCCAGCUGGAUGCAGAAGAGUUCAAUGAAAAGUACGGAGGUGAAAUGCCCCAGCAGACAGAUAACAUCGUGUUCACCUGUCUGGCAGGGAUCAGGAGCAAAAACGCCCUGGACACAGCCGCCUCCCUGGGAUACAAAGAUGUUCAUAAUUACCUGGGUGGAUGGCAAGACUGGUCAAAAAAUGAGCAGCAGGACUGAUCUGAGGAUAAAGAAAAAUAAAUAUAUUUAAAGCCUUCACUCAAGAUCAAGUGAGAGUGCGUAACAAGGAGGGGUUUUAAAAGGUUCCUUAUUUUUUCUGUUGUUUUAAGAGCCAGUUCUAAAAAGAAAAUCUUGUCUGUGAAUCCCAAAGACUGAAAUAGGAGGGCCCAGAACACUUCUCUGCUGCUGAUUGUAUUAAAAAAUACUGCAAUGUCACUUGAAGUUACUUGUACAUUAAUUUCUUUAUCUUUUAAAACUGAUAACAACUUUUAAAUAGACACAUAUAUCACCAGUGAUUGUUGUAAACCAUACUACAAUCAUGAAUAUACGAUGAAUAGAGAUUCUGUUUCCAGACUAUGCAAAUGACUACUCCACUGUGUAUGAUUGUAAAAUACAAUGAAGCCAUCCAUCUCAUAAUACAGAUAGUUCAGCAUUUCGGAUCAUGUGUUGUAAUUAUUAAAUAUUUUGUUUGUCAUAGAUGCAUCUGCAGUUGUUGCCAAACUCAUUCAAUAAAUACUAUUAUCAUUUUUGAUUAACA